AUGGGAGUGCAACCCAAACUUGAAGACAUAGAGGUCAUGGAGCAAGAUCCACCGCCUCUGUCUGAGAUUAAAACCGGUUACACUCCAACUACUAGUGCCUCAGCUACUGACAUUGCUCAUGACUACUCAAGAUAUGAGAACCUUGAUACCCCUACUCCAAUCAGAUCCUCCGAUAUUAUGGCCUAUACUUCUCGAUUUGAUCUCAAUGUCCCAACGUCUGCUCAAUCGGGUCUUAAUCCUGCAGUUACUACUGAUACACAGAUGAGUUCACAGAGACCAAUGGGAUUUGAUAUUCCUCAAACGGUUCCACAACCAAUGGAACGUCAAUCAUACGUCCCUAUCGAACCUCAUAGGUUACCAUGCUAUCAACAGCCACAGCAACAACUCCAAAGCCAAAUCCCUUUCGCACGGGCUUCCUAUCCCCAGGCUAUUGAUUACAUGGAUUCUGCACCAACUAAUCCCUACUAUUUUCAAUGUUCAUUCUCACUUCCAACGAUCGGAGUAUCGAGUUCUGCUCCUCAGCCAAUCGCACAAACCGUUGUCCCACUCGUUACAACUAAUAUUCCUACACAAGCUCCUGUUUAUACACCCCUCCAGCCCAUGCGACUCGGUACUCAUGCAAGUUUCGACCAGCCUGCAUCCACGGGUGAGAGAUUUGAUGUCCUCGUCAAUCGACGAAGUAUCAGUGUCCCACAAACGCUUUCCUGUUGUGAUAUAUCACCGUUUAGCGCACAAACACCCGGACUUGCCUCCACGGCAACUGGACCUGGACCAUCUAGUACACAAGGCUAUUCCUUCGUUAAGCAUGAACCCUAUGAAUUUCCCAGUGAAAUGCGAAGAUCUAGUUGUUCCAGUCUAACCAUAUGCCCACGACGAAGUCUUCCCACCCCAUCAACUUCAACUGUGGCAAAAGAAAAACAGUUUGUGUGCAAUGCAGAAGGCUGCGAAAAGCGAUUUGCACGAGUGGAUGAACUUAAAAGGCAUCAGAGAACUCAUAGUGAUUUUCGUCCAUACACUUGCAACGUUUGUGAUAAGGGCUUCACUAGAAGCGACCAUUUGAUUACGCAUAGAAGAACCCAUACAGGUGAAAAGCCCUAUUCUUGCCAAUAUUGUGAUCGUUGCUUUGCCCGAUCUGAUGAACGUUCUCGACAUUUAAGAACCCAUACUAACCCCCGACCAAGCACUAGUACUCGGGGUCGACGUCCUAGUACAAAGUACCAGGUUCGGAAGCCCUUGACGCCUCAGCAAUCACAACAAAAUCCUGGUCCUUCGAGUAUGCCCAGUCAGACCUCUUAUCAACAGAUUGAUAUAAGUGGCGCAAGUAGUGAUACAAGUUAUAGCCAAAGUGAAUCAUACCGUAUGUAUCAACCCCCACCACCGCAACCACCACCUCAGUGA